GCGGGGACACGAGGAAGACCGCACACAACUAGCCGUUACCGAGCGACCAUCGACGUGGACUUGAUGCCGGAGAGUAUUAGACUGCAGAACUUCAAGAUUGGACUCGUGGACGCUUUCAUCUCCCCUCCAAAGACUAUCGUUCAAGGAUCGACGGCCCCGCAGCUGCAGGAGAUGGAACGUCGUUCUGAUAACCGCGACAUGGACGAAGGCACCCAGCCGCUGUCGAAGUUCCAAACCCCUCCCGGCCAAGGCAUCUUGGACAGCGACACAAGACGACUCAUCAGCCGCUUCCUCAGUGACUUUACCGGGCUGUCCACUGCUGCUUGGAUCCAAAGCAAAGCCCAGUCAACAAUGAAGAGGGUCGUGACGAGACUGGUGGACAAGCACAGGAUCUUAUUCACCAACAGCAUCACUGAACUGUCACUGGACAAAACAGAGCUCGACAUGUCCUUCGUCAGCCAGGUGGCCAGAACGGAAUUCGCCAAUGGGAACAUACACUGGGGUCGCAUCGCCAGCCUGUUGGCCUUCUGUGCCGUGCUGUCUCAAACCUUGAAAGAAAAUCAACAGGAGAGGUGCGUGGAGCUGGUGGCCCAGGAGGUUUCAACCUACUUGCUGUCACACCAGCGCACCUGGUUAGUGCAGCACAACGGUUGGGAUGGAUUUGCAGAAUUCUUCAAGGAAGAUGACCUGGAGUCUUCAGUGAGGAAUGUCCUCUUGGGCUUUCUCGGUUUGGUCAGCGUAACUGCAGCGCUACGCUGUCUGAUUAGAUGAACACCGUGGACAUUUAAGAUGCGACGUUUCACUCUUGUUUACUUGGUCAAGCACAUAUUUCGGUUUGUUAUGACUUUAUUAAGUGCACUUUUUUUAUCUGUAAAAUGUAAAAAUCUUCAAAAAUGACUGAGAAAUACCUUGUUCAUGCUCCUGUGUUUUAUUUAAAUAGGCUGAGGUUCCAUUACAUAUUUAUUGUUCAGUCCAAUUUAUUGCUUCUGUAUGAGUGUUAUUUCUUUAGUGUCAAAUAAUUAGCUUCAAGUCAGCAUAUUAAAAAAUGACUCGUUUUGGUGGACAAAAUCUUAAGAUUGAGUGUGUCCACUGAUUCACCGUAUAUUCUAUUCCGAAAUGUGUUUUUAAAAAUUGUUUUCAAACUUUGAAAACGCAAUCUUUUAAUGUUCGAACACAUUUGGACUAAAACAACCUUGCGAUGUCAGUUGCCUUUUGUUUUUGAUUCACAAAUUAUUUUCUAAACACUGUAUAAGAAACAUGCAACUUGAAAUGUACCAUAUUGUACUACUAUAUUUUUGUACUCUUAUUAUUUUUGUAACGAUAAAUAAACCAUUUACUUGAAAUUAC